CCCUUCACCCAAACGACGUCGUCAAGGGAGGGAUAUAUUUAUAAUUUACUCCAGUUAGGGUUUUUGCUUCGAGUAUAAAUCCCCAGCCACCCGCUAUACUUAUUCUUCUAUUUGCUGGCCGCCUCUUCCGUCAUUGCUUAACGUCGGAACCCUAGAAUCCCCAAUCGUCAAUCAUGGGUAUCUCACGGGAUUCAAUGCACAAGAGACGUGCAACUGGAGGAAAGAAGAAGGCAUGGAGGAAGAAGCGAAAGUAUGAGCUCGGAAGACAACCGGCUAACACAAAGUUGUCGAGCAACAAGACAGUGCGCAGGGUGAGAGUUCGAGGAGGUAAUGUGAAGUGGCGUGCCUUGAGGUUGGAUACAGGAAACUAUUCUUGGGGUAGUGAAGCUGUAACCAGAAAGACCCGUAUUUUGGAUGUGGUUUACAAUGCAUCAAACAAUGAACUGGUUAGAACACAGACUUUGGUGAAAGGUGCCAUUGUUCAAGUUGAUGCUGCACCAUUCAAGCAGUGGUACCUGCAGCACUAUGGAGUUGAAAUUGGCCGCAAGAAGAAGGCUGCUGCCAAGAAGGAAGGAGAGGAGACAACUGAGGCUGCUACUGAAGAAGUAAAGAAGAGCAACCAUGUUCAAAGAAAACUAGAAAAGCGUCAGCAGGAUCGAAAGAUCGACACACAUAUUGAAGAACAAUUUGGUGGUGGUCGUCUGUUGGCAGCCAUUUCCUCUCGUCCUGGCCAGUGCGGCCGCUGCGAUGGGUAUAUUUUGGAGGGCAAGGAAUUGGAGUUCUACAUGAAGAAACUUCAGAGGAAGAAAGGAAAGGGUGCCAGCGCUUAAAUUUUGCCUUGAGUUCAUUCAAAGAUGCAUUUUGGUGCAAACAUUUAAUUGUCUUUUCAUCGCCUUUCUAUGUAAUGUGCCGAACCAGAAGAGGUUUUUUAGAGUUGCUUUGAACUUGAAAUUGUUAUACACUGUUGAUUUCGUGAUAUUUAAGUUUUAGAUGGUUUUUUA